UGCUGUUUUUGCUUUUUUUGUGCAAAACCAUUAUAAACUUCAAACAAAUCUUGAUCGUUUUAGCUGUAAAAAUGUGCUGCUUCAGAAAUGUGAAUUUCAUAACAUCUGUUAGAGCAAUAAAUAUAUGCUGGAGAUUUCCAAGACCAAAGUAAAAUUAAACUUUAAUACAACCAAUGUUUUGUAGUUCAUGAAUUCUUGCACAUCUGCUUUGAUGUUAUGGUAUUGCAUCUUGGACCGUCUGUCUUAAUAUUGUGGCAAAGAAAGGGAGGUUUAAAUGCUUUCCAUCAGAGAUGUUAAGAUCCUGGGCCUCAAGGGCAGGUGUCUUACAUUUUUUCCAACCAACCUGCCAAUGAAGCUUCUUAUUGGCCUCAUUGAUCCAAGUGAUCAGCAGCAGAUGAGACAGGAUUUCUAGAAAACCAGCAGAAGGCCUGAAGUUUGACACUCCCACUUUAAAGGCUUUGGCCCCUGAUGAUUUGGGGGUGGUGUCAUCUCUUUUGUCUCCCCUCAUCCUGAGCGAAGCCCCCCCUGUCCCCUCAAACACACACGCAUUCAAACCUCGGCGAUGACACACCAUUCCAACAAUUCAGUUCGAGACCAUAUGAAAUGGGCUGGGUUGCUGGGCUGCGAGGCGGUGCUGUCCAGUAUGGCCCUGAUGCAGGCCAACAACAUCCCAGGCCAGAAGAAGGUGAUGUCAUCAUUGGGUCAGGGUCACAGGUCCAGUCCUGAGAGCCACCAGGCCCACUCACAGCACGGCCACAACCACCACGGCCACCAGGUUCACCACGGACAAGGCCACCACAGUCACAUGGGAAACCAGUCGGGCGGGAGCUGCCCACCUCUGCUAAUCCGAAAAGACGGAGAUUAUCACUCAUCAAGGAUAAUUGAGAAUAAAGAUAUGCAGGCGAACCAGAAUAUGCAACCCAAGAAGAAGCACAAAAAAUCGUCCCACAAAGUGAAAGAGAAAGUGGAGCAUAUCCUGCCGCCGAUUGUUAUGGAUGAUGACAACUCCCUGAAAGUCCAGAAGAAUUUCAUCUGUGAUCACUGUUAUGGAGCUUUCCGGAGCAGCUACCACUUGAAGCGACAUAUUCUCACGCACACAGGGGAAAAGCCCUUUGCUUGCGAUGCAUGUGAAAUGCGGUUUAUUCAGCGCUACCACUUAGACAGACACAAGAGGGUGCACAGCGGAGAAAAGCCGUACCAGUGUGAUCGCUGCCAUCAGAACUUCUCGCGGACAGACCGGCUGCUGAGACACCGACGGCUGUGCACAGUCGGGAUCAGCAAAGAGGAAAACCAGUACUCCCAGGAAGCUCCUACCCACACAGCCUCCUGGAGUCCCUUACACCCCUCCAGCAACCGUCUGACUGUCUGAUUGCUUCCUGACAGCAGUCUGCAUCUUCACAGUCACUCAACCUAAAGAAAAAGCCUAAUCCAAGGGCCACCAAACUUUAAUUUGCUCUCACCUGCUCAUUUGUGGAGCUUCCCAUUGGAUCUUUGUACUUUUUUUUUACAUAAUUCAUGUCUCAAACAGAAGGGGAUGGAAUAAUUUGGACAGCAGGUGACAACAACAAAAACUGAAAUGACCGGACUGACAUGUUUUCUUUUUGAAAGUUUGCUGAUGUAUUGGUUUAGAGUUGCCACCUGAAAAUGGUUUCGGCUGCACGUAAUAUGUAUGUAAUCCAAAUUCAACUUUUUUGCCUUUUUUUCUAAUAUGGAUGCAGUAACAUCCAACAUUUUAGUGUAAAGUCCUGGUUGUCAUCUCUGUUCCUCUGCUGGAUGGCAAUAAGCUUGUAGGUGGUUCCUGGUACGUUCUACCUUCAAGAAAAAAACGUUUCUGGAGGUCUCCUUGAAUGUAUACAGAUCUACAGUUCCAAGUCAUAGAGAACCAUUUCAGAUAGUGUCUCAUUUUGAAUAAAUAUAGCCUUUUUUUGUCUGUAAAAAUGAAUUUAACCUCCUACCUUUUAAUCACUGGAGAAACAGUUAUCAGUAAUGUGUAAAUAGUAAAAAAAAAAAAAAACACUAAAGUUUCAACUAAUCCAGCAUUUAAUUAGUUGUGUAGCUGCUGUUUGCGCACAUACUCGGAAAUCUACUUUGUUUUAAAGAUAUUUAGUCCUGAUUUUUAUUAGCAAAAACCGUUAGUUGUAUUAAUGUAAAGACGGACAGGUUUAAUAGAAGCCCAGAUUUUAUAAAGUCUGUGAAUAGUGACCUUUUUUUUAGUCAAUGGAUGUAGGAAACACCUGUAGAAUGAGGUGUUUCCCUGACAUGCUUCUGUAAAAUGAGUAUCAAGUUUGUUUUAACCUUCAUACCACUGUCUGUUUUUUUUAACAGUUAGGCAGACAUUUGACUGGAUUUGAAACCAUUUCAUUCCUUUGUGAAGUCAUUAGGGAGUGGACAAGCAUGCUAUUCAAAGUCAGACUCAGUGUGAAGUAUUCCAUACGCUCUUAAAUCUGAGAAAAAUCAAUUGUCGUUUCUCUAACAUUUGUCACGUCUUAAUUUUUAAUCCCGUGAUCGUGACGGUGGCUCCCAUGAAUCCUAUUAAUUUAAAGGAAAGCAAACAUUAAUUUUAGCCAUACGUUUGGAGCGCUGACCUCUGCAUGACUGAACAUGAUCAGAUUGCAGUGCCACCUCAUUUCAAGUCUCAUUUAACUCAACUGCUUUCAGUAAAUAUGGAUGACAAAGUGCAGGCCUGCAUGCAGUUAAAUCAGACUGUAAACAAUGAAUUUAACAAUUCAGAUCAGUUGUAAAGUAUAAAUGUUUUUAUUUUAGUUUAUACUUUUUUCCUUUUUAGAUCCCAUUUUGUUCUUUUUAAUAAAUCCUAGACAAGUAGAACUGUUGCUGUCAGGCCUCUAGGUUGUGUGUAGGGAGUUUGGGACCUGCCCUUUUGAUUUUUGAUGUCUAAUACAUUUCUUUUUUAAUUAUUAAAAUAGUUUGUAAAACCUAAACUCCAAAAGUAAACCAAUCUUGACAUCAUUAGAAUUUUAAACUGUUAAUUUUUUCAUCUUUGGAAAAAAAAAGCUAAACAAAAACAGCAACUUGUAUCUUUUUAGUGUUUUCUCUAUGAUUAGUUAAGAUGUUUGUAUUUUUAUUUGUAUUUUUAUUAUUUGCAUGCAUUUCUUAAAUGAUCCUUGUAGAUUUUUCUUUUUUUUAUGAAAGCAAUGACCAGUUUUUCUGUUCAGGACUGAAGUGAAGUCAAUGUUGACUUAGAAAUUUAGUACUGGGUGCGGUUUUAAGGGUCAUGCUAUUUUUAUGCUGUUUUCUGUCACCUGUUACCACGCUGUUCAUGUAAUCUACAACAAAUUGAACAUAAAUUAUUUUGUGUCGAUGCAGA